CGGCAUUAUUAUUAUUAUUAUUUUUUAAUUUUUUAUAUUUUUGUGUUGACGUCGACAGCUCACACAUUGCAGAUUAUGUGCAAUAGCAAUUAUACAUCAUGUAUUGGUAAUUUGUUUGGUAUACUGCAAAUUCCGCCAUUGUUAUCUUCUUCUACUUCCAGUUGCAGAGCAGGGAUUUUCAAUCUUCUUGAAUAGAGUGUUUUUCCUUAUAUAACCAAGACCCAUUUCAUUGUUUUCGAUUUCUGCUUCUCUCUGGGACUGAAAUUUUGGGCGAAAAUGUCGUCUCCUGCUCCCAUCUCGCCGCCGGGGACUAACUCGACCUCACCCCCACCACCGACCACGGAUGCACCACCUCCAGCAUCUCCAUCUCUCUCACCACCUCCUCCUGCUUCAUCGCCGCCGCCUCCGAACAGUACCACUCCAUCUCCGCCUACUUCUUCUCCUUCCCCGCCGGACGUGCCUUCGAGCUCUCCCCCGCCGCCGCCUACCGACUCGACAGCGCCACCGCAACUUCCGAGUCCGACGCCGCCAUCCAAUUCUAGUACACCUGUGAAUCCUGGAGGGAAUCAGGCUCCACCGUCGGAAACGGCGCCGUCUCCCUCAACAUCGUCGGGAGUUUCGGCGGGACUUGUGUCUGGGGUUGCCGUUGGAGUGGUGGUGGUGGUUGUAGCGUUGAUUGCUAUGUGUUUUUAUCUAAGAAAGAAGAGGAGACGCGACGAGGAGGCGUACUACCGGCCACCGCAUCCGCCUGCGCCACCGGCGGCGUUUAAAGACGGCCCAUACGGUCCCCAACAGCACCAUUGGCAAUCACAUCCGCCGCCGCCAGGGGAUCAUAUCGCGGGGGCAGUACCAAAGCCGUCUCCUCCGCCAGCAUCACGGCCACCGCCGUCACCCCCGAUUAUAAACAGUAGCGGAGGGUCUGGAUCUAAUUAUUCAGGGUCUGAAAAUUCGUUGGCUCCAGCUCCAUCUUCUGUUCCCUUGGGGUUCUCACAGAGCAGUUUCACUUACGAAGAAUUAGCAAUGGCGACAGAUGGGUUUUCAGAAGCCAAUCUCCUCGGACAAGGUGGGUUUGGUUAUGUGCAUAAAGGAGUUCUUCCUAACGGAAAGGAAGUGGCAGUGAAACAACUUAAAGCUGGAAGCGGACAAGGGGAGCGUGAAUUCCAAGCAGAAGUUGAAAUCAUCAGCCGAGUUCAUCAUAGGCAUCUUGUUUCUUUGGUCGGAUAUUGCAUCACUGGCUCCCAAAGAUUGCUGGUUUAUGAAUUCGUUCCCAACAACACAUUGGAGUUUCACUUGCACGGGAAAGGACGACCUACCAUGGAUUGGCCAACCAGGCUCAAAAUCGCUUUGGGAUCUGCCAAGGGAUUGGCCUACCUUCAUGAGGACUGUAAUCCUAAGAUCAUUCAUCGUGACAUCAAAGCAGCAAACAUACUUUUGGAUCUCAAAUUCGAAGCAAAGGUUGCAGAUUUUGGGCUUGCCAAGUUGUCUUCUGAUGUUAAUACCCAUGUUUCAACUCGAGUCAUGGGAACUUUCGGGUAUCUUGCUCCUGAAUACGCUUCAAGUGGGAAACUAACUGAGAAAUCAGAUGUGUUCUCCUAUGGAGUAAUGCUUCUGGAGUUGAUUACUGGACGCAGACCUGUUGAUCCAACUCAAUCAUUCAUGGACGAUGGAUUGCUCGAUUGGGCAAGGCCAUUACUACUUCGGGCAACAGAAAAUGGAAACUACGACGGUUUGGUAGAUCCAAAGCUGCGAGAUAACCACGACCACAACGAGAUGGCGCGCAUGGUUGCUUGCGCUGCGGCCUGUGUGCGUCAUUCGGCGAGGCGUCGACCACGGAUGAGUCAAGUGGUUCAUGCUCUUGAAGGAGAAGCCUCGCUUUCUGAUCUGAACGAAGGAAUCCGACCUGGACAUAGCACUGUGUACAGUUCUUAUGGAAGCUCCGACUACGACACGGCUCAGUACAACGAGGAUCUGAAGAAGUUUAGGAAGAUGGCGUUGGCGAGCCAGGAGUACGGCAGCGAGUACAGCGAGCCGACAAGCGAGUAUGGGCUGUACCCAUCUGGGUCGAGUGGCGAUGGGCAAACAACGAGGGAAAUGGAGACGAGAACGAUGAAGAAAGAAAGUGGAUGAUUGAUUUAGUGGAAGCUCGUGAUGAUGGUGAAGCAAAGAUGCUUCAUUUCUGUAAUGUGUACAAACUACAACACUUUUUUCUGUGUUUGUUUUGGAUUAUAGGGAUAUUCUUUCAUCUGUAGUGUGGUUCGUAAAAUGGAAGAGCGUUCGGAUCAAAGAUUGGAUUAUAUUUUGUCCACAGAAAACAAGUUAUGAGAUGGACUUCGAUUCUUUUA